UAUCUAGUGUAAAAGCAACUGCUGGUUCUCAUUCUCUGAGAAGAACCAGGAUCACGAAUCAAUGGCUUCUCUUGCCUCUUCUUCGGUUUCGCUCUACUCUUCUUCGUCUGCUACCCUCCUUCCACCUUCUCUUUCUUCUUCUACCUCUCGUAUCUCUUUCUUUUCAUUAUCCUAUUCCUCUUCUCUAUCUAUUUCCCCCGUCCUUCUUCCCCACCCUUCUGCUUCUGCACGUUUCGCCACUCCUUCUGCUUUCAGUCUGAGGGCCAGCGCUGAGAAGAAGAAGGUUCUUAUUGUGAAUACCAACAGUGGUGGGCAUGCGGUAAUCGGCUUCUAUUUCGCCAAAGAGCUUCUGGGCAAUGGCCAUUCGGUCACUAUUCUCACUGUUGGUGAAGAAAGCUCAGAGAAGAUGAAGAAACCCCCUUUUACCCGAUUCUCAGAAAUUGUGAGCGCUGGAGGCCGCACAAUCUGGGGAAAUCCGAAAGAAAUAGAGAGUGUUGUCGCAGGGGAACCAUUUGACGUGGUUUUGGACAACAAUGGCAAGGACCUUGACGCAGUGAGACCUGUGAUAGACUGGGCCAAAAGCUCUGGAACCAAGCAAUUCUUGUUCAUCAGCAGUGCUGGAAUCUACAAAUCAACUGAUGAACCUCCCCAUGUUGAAGGGGAUGUUGUUAAAGCUGAUGCUGGUCAUGUUGGAGUGGAGAAAUACGUUGAGGAAACUUUUGGUAACUGGGCAGUAUUCCGGCCACAGUAUAUGAUUGGCUCUGGCAACAACAAAGACUGUGAAGAGUGGUUUUUUGACAGAAUUGCAAGGAACAGGCCAGUACCAAUUCCUGGCUCUGGUCUGCAACUCACAAACAUAUCUCAUGUUAGGGAUCUGUCCUCUAUGCUCACUCUGGCUGUUCAGAAACCAGAGGCCGCGAAUCAUAGCAUUUUCAACUGUGUGAGCGACCGUGCUGUGACUUUGGAUGGAAUGGCCAAACUAUGUGCCCAAGCUGCACAGCGCCCUGUUAACAUCGUGCAUUAUGACCCUAAAGCUGUUGGAGUUGAUGCUAAGAAAGCUUUCCCCUUCCGCAAUAUGCACUUCUAUGCGGAGCCUAGAGCAGCCAAAGAAAAAUUGGGAUGGACAUCCACCACAAACCUUCCUGAGGACUUGAAAGAACGGUUUGAUGAGUACGUAAAGAUUGGGAGAGACAAGAGGGACAUGAAGUUUGAGAUUGAUGAUAAAAUAUUCGAGUCCUUAAAAGUUCCAGUACUCGCAUGACCAAUUCAUAUCCAAAGCAUAUUGUAAGUCUUCCUUGUUAUUCUAUGAGUAAGUAAGUGUAUUAGAGAACGCAACUUGACCAAAUUCUUCUUUGUAGGAGAAAGGUUAUAACAUUUUCAUUUGCAUCUCUACCAGAUCGCAGUAGUUUAUCUGGUGGAUCUGCUUCAGCUUUAGAAUGAAUAUAAUAUAAUGUAUCAUCUCA